AUGCGCGUUUACGGCGAGAACGAACGACGCCAGUCGGUGUACGCGUGGAACACCGUCGACGUGCUUGUCGACGGCCUGCUGCAGCACGGCGAAGUAGUCGAUGUAGCCGAGAACGGGCUGAUCAUUGAUUUCGGAUGCGAAGCACAUCGCGCGGAGUUCAUCGAAUACGGGCGCAUCUUCCAUUCGCAGAGCCCCUUUGAUCCUUUGGAUACCACUUUUGACACCCGGGUGCAGGUUCUCCUACGAGCAUGCCCCGACCACCUCUGGAAAUGGUACCCCGGGAGGGUGGUACCCCAGUUGCCCUCGGCGGAGACAUACUUGUCCAGUUUGAGCAUCGUGGAGGUGCAGUUGCCCCACGGGGUUAUCCAGGAGGUGCUGCCCAAGGAUCAAAUACGCCGAUCGCCCUCGGAGGCGGAUUUGGCCAGGCGUUGUGUAGGGGAGAAUGAUUAUAUCAUCCGCGACUGCCCCUUGCCGGCAGCCUGGUCCGAGGAGGCGCCGUUGCUCCAGGAGCUCUGUAAAAUGAAUUCGCCGAGCGUGCGAUGCACCACGGUGCAUGACGGGAUGCUGUACUAUGUACAGCGAUACUCCAUCCAGCCCGCGCUAUAUCCACUGGAACUGGGCGACCUCUACUUGGAACUGAAGAGACAGCUUGCAGCUGGCGAAUUAUCACCGGGGCUGGUGGGUGGACAUCUCAUAACCGUCGAUACUGUCAGUGAGGCACUGGAGCAGUGUUUUAUACCAUGCGAACUAGUUGUACUGACAGAAAUAAUCGGAUUACUGGACAGCGUCAACCGCACGCGUUUUCGGCGCACCUGCGCCCUGUGGAAUACCAUCAUAACGGACGCUUCGUUAUCGGAUGUGUUGAUCUCCGGCCAAAAAGAGGACGUUUGGCCGACAUCCCGCCAGAAACCACUGUUCUGGAUACUGGCUUGUGUUCUCCACUGCGUCAACAACCGCACGAAGAAGGUAGCUCUGGAGCACAUGAGCUUGACCGAAUGCGACGCUGCCGCCGAAAUGAUUCGCUACGUUCUUGGCGGCAGUAACCGCGUCGAGACGCUGGAAUUCCGGCGGUGCGCAUUACGUCAUCCGGAAGACUGGUCGCUGGCAGCCACCAUGGGCUGUCUGCAGCGGAUAUGUGGCGUCGCACAGCGUGCUUGUUGGAUACAAUGUCGCAUCGCGGAGCAGCGUCUGACGGCCGUAUGGCCGCAGGAGUCGGUCGUCUGUCAACCGGAAGAGCAGCUAGAGACGCAGCUGUGGGAUCUCUUUGAGAAGCUGCUCGUUACGCGUAUACCGAUCCAUCUGACGACCUUGAAGGCGUGGGUGACCCGCGCGGCUAUGCACCCAGUCUUUAAACGGCUGGCGCGGGUUUUGCACGAGUAUCAGAGCGUGGAUCCGCGCUCGUCGACGGAAUACCGCGGUUGGCAGUGGACGGUACCGGAAAUGCUCCAUUUGGAGGUGGCAAAACUGACCAGCGUGACUGCAGCGGCAGUGACAGACCUCUUGGAGCGGCAAAACUACGGAUCCAUUCCAAAGAGAAAAAAUUAG